AUGCGAAUUCUUCGACUUGGGGUUCUAUUCUCAGCCUGCGUAAUAUUUUUAUUGACUGACUUGGCAUCGGCCGGAGCCCAGUCUUUACCAGCAUGCGCUAAAGAAUGCAUGCUUGAGCUUGUCCCUCAGUCAUCCUGUACCCUUGCCAAUCAAACAUGUAUAUGUACGAAUGUUGAGCUUAAGGAGGAGAUGAACGUCUGCGUUUCGGCGAAUUGCACUGUCAAGGAGGGUCUCACUACGCUCAAUGUCACAGAUACUACAUGCGGAGCUCCAGUUCGAGACCGCACUUCUGUCAGCAUACUGGUUCCAGCAGUUGGUCUAUGCUUCUUGUUCUUCGUCGCAUUGAGAUUAUAUACACGCCUUGUAAUCACGAAAUUAGAGAUGGGUUUGGAUGACUGGGCAACUAUUUUCCUCGCGUGUUGUGCGGUGCCCGUCAAUUCCGGUUCUAUAUUGCUUGGAAAAGCAGGGCUAGGAAAGGAUAUUUGGACCCUUGAGUUCAAAAACAUCACUCGAAUUCUCUACCUUUUCUAUAUCCAAGAAAUUCUAUAUGCCACAUGUGUCGCCCUCAUCAAGAUCUGUUUCCUCCUCUUCUAUCUUCGCAUCUUCCCGAGUGAUCGAAUGCGCCGCGUUAUUAAAGCAUCCUGCAUCAUCUCCGUUUGCUGGGCCAUAACUUUCAUAUUUGCCUUCGCGUUUCAAUGCACGCCUAUUAGCUAUAACUGGACGAGUUGGGAUGGAGAGCACCACGGUUCUUGCGUCAAGACGAACGCCCUAGUGGUUACUGCCGCCGGAUUGAAUAUCGUACUUGAUGCUUGGGUUAUUGCCCUCCCUAUACCCAAAGUGAUGAAGCUCCAGGCAUCAGUCAGUACAAAACUCCAAGUCACAUUCAUGUUCUCUGUGGGGUUCUUAAUCACAGGUGUCGGCAUCUACCGCGCUACAAUGCUCAAGAUCUUCGCAACAACAACAAAUGCAACAUGGGACAUGGCUGCUGGCGGCUACUGGUCCGUGAUAGAAAUCGAUGUAGGCAUUUUCUGUCUAUGCUUACCCGCUUUGCGAUCCUUGCUCGGUCGCCUAUUCCCCUCUGUGUUCGGAUCAACAAAGGAAGCCAGCAGCAUGGGACUACCAAGCAGCCAAAAGAAAAUUCGAAUUGACAAUCGCGAUGCGAAUACCAGUUUUGUUCAGUUGAUCGAGAUGGAUCAUAAUGGGGGAUUGAAAAGUGACCCUGAUAUACAUUAG